AUGAGUGAUGUGGACGAGGUCAAUUUUGAUAUAGCAUUUGAUCUGAUCAGGCCAGUGGUUCAAGGAAUGGUAGAUAUUGGUAAGGUGUUAACAGAAGAUGGACUCCAGAUCAUUCUGGCUGCCGUGAAGCCUACUCCUGCUCCGUCCACCAUCCCAAAGGCGCCUGUCACUGGUACCUCCGCCUCUAUCGUCAAACCCAUUGCUACAAAGCCUAGUGAACUCGGCAAGAAGAACACAGUCAAUAUGUACAUACAGCCCAUCUACCUAUUCAAAGGCACAAGGCGCUCAACCACACUAUUGCCUGGCCCAGCGGCCCAAACAAAUGGCGCUGUCGUGCCUAUGUCACCCACCACCACUGCAAACAGGCUCAAUGUAAAUGCCUCGUUGUUCAGGCCCAAUCCAAAGGGUCCUACAUCUCCGAUUCCAAGUUCUAUGUCAGCCUCCACGUCACCCAAGGCUAAGCCCACUGAAUCAUCACCUCCUACACCCAAUCCAUUCUUUGGCACCAAGAUCAUGAAAAAUGGAGUGGUUCAUAUCAAGGAUGAUUUCAACUCAUUCAAGCAUAACAAAGUUGAUGUAUCAACACCAUUCAUGCAACCAAUGGUGUACCCACCAGGGAUUCCAUUGAACAAUCAAUUCACUAAUUCCUUUCAAUCCCUAACACCAAGCUUUGUCUAG